AUGGGUAGUUUAUCACUCUCUAGCGACGAAGGAAAGCCGAUAAAAUGCAAAGCAGCAAUAUGUAGAAAAGCAGGAGAAGCAUUGGUGAUAGAAGAGAUCCAAGUUUAUCCACCUCAAGCCUACGAAGUUCGGAUUAAGAUCCUAUGCAGUUCUCUAUGUCACACUGAUGUUAGUUUCUGGAAACUAGACAGUGGAGCUCUUGCAAGGUUUCCUAGGAUUCUUGGACACGAAGCAGUCGGUGUGGUGGAGAGCAUCGGAGAGCACGUUGAUGGAUUUAAACAAGGGGACGUCGUUUUGCCAGUGUUUCACCCUCACUGUGGAGAAUGCAGAGACUGCAAAUCCCCAAAGAGCAACUGGUGCACGAGAUUUUGCGACGAUUUCUUAUCAAACACGAGACGAUACGGAAUGACUUCUAGAUUCAAAGACUCUUCAGGAGAAGAUAUUUACCAUUUUCUCUUUGUCUCGAGUUUUUCUGAAUAUACAGUUGUUGAUAUCGCACAUCUCGUCAAAAUAUCUCCUGAGAUUCCCGUCGAUAAAGCUGCUUUGUUCAGCUGCGGUGUAUCCACAGGACUUGGAGCUGCAUGGAAGGUGGCUGACGUGGAAGAAGGUUCCACAGUCGCUAUCUUGGGCCUUGGUGCUGUUGGACUUGCGGUUGCAGAAGGCGCAAGACUGCGUGGGGCUGCAAAGAUCAUUGGUGUGGAUCUCAAUCCUGAUAAAUGUGAAAUAGGUAAGAGAUUCGGUAUCACUGAUUUUGUCAAUCCUGCUUUGUUUGGAGAUAAAACAAUUAGCCAGGUGGUUAAGGAAAUGACAAAAGGAGGAGUUGACUAUAGUUUUGAAUGCAUUGGUGUAAGUUCUUUGAUGGAGGAGGCUUUCAAUAGCACCCGCACGGGAGGUAAAGCUGUAAUAUUGGGGAUGGAGAAGAGGGCUCUGCCAAUAAACCUGGGUAGUUAUGAUCUUCUAAGAGGCAGAAGUAUAUGUGGACCUUUAUUUGGCGGUCUUAAACCCAAAUUUGAUAUUCCCAUUCUCGUGGAUCGAUAUUUGAAAAAGGAGCUUAAUCUGGACGGUCUUAUUACUCACGAAUUAAGCUUUGAAGAAAUUAACAAGGCUUUCGAUUUACUGGUGGAGGGGAAGUCUAUCCGUUGCAUUCUAUGGAUGGAUAAAUAA